AUGAGAUCCAGCAGCCCUGAGUCGUCGCAGGAACUCCGCUUCCCACCAGUCCCCGUCAACCACUCUUUGGCUAGGCUGGACCUCAACACAUUGAUCAUGCGUUCGAACGCUCGCCGUUCCGUAGGGGAGGCCAAUACUCUCGACGACAGCGCUUACGAGGUGCUUCGAGACCGAACGGACGACGUGUUACCGCUGGACGACAGCCUCUACGGUACGUCAGAUGAUGAGGGCCAUACCGAAUCGCUGGCCUCCACCGACGGACCCACGCCCGACGAUGUCUCCGACUUUGACGACGAAGACGACGAUGACGAUGAGUUCGAGCACGACGCCAACGAAGCCUCCCAGCAGUUCGAGUCCGCGCCUGCCCAUCCUGACGAUCACGAUCCUAUAAUCAGCUGCGAUAACAGCACACUCACCGAAGUGCCGCAGACGGGAGGUAGCGACAAGCUUCGCUUGCUCAAGAUGCAGGAAGAGCUCAGUGCACAUCACAACGGCGUAGAGGCUUGGGCGGUGGUCAAGCACUUCGAUGACGAGCAGGUCUCUGGUUCCGUCUUAAAGCCCUAUGGCUGUGCGGAGAUGAGGCUCACUGUCCGGGCUGCCCUCUCGGACCGCUUUCUGCCUGCAGACAGGUCACUGAGGAUUUGGUACGUGGGCGACAUCGUAAGCUGGGCUCAACAAGGGAUCAGUUCGGCCAUCGGUGCAGCGCUUGUCGCUUCUCCAGGUCCCUCCCGGUCCAUCAUGGUAGGUGGCCGGAUGGAACCGUACGGACCAGUGCUCGAUAUUGAUCAUUGUACGGGCAUCAAAGCGCUCGAAGAGUCCGGCAAAGCACCUCGAGUCCUGGUCACGCUUGACGAUGGGACGCAGAUGACUUUCGACCUUGACCAUGCACCCUAUCUUGCAGCCACAUCUCGUCGCCCGGACCUCGUAAUCUUCUGGUAUCCUCAUACCGGGCUGGCGGCGCCAGCGCUUGACCAAUAUCCAAUUCUUCGUCAAGCCUUCGAACGUUGCAGUAUUCCGUGUCUCGAUAUUGCAGAGCACUGGCGAUUCGGUCAUUACUCGAGCACAUUCAACCCCGGCCCGAAGAGCUUACGGUUUGACGUCGAAGGUAGGAGGGAUCAAGACUCUGUGUGGGCAUAUCAGGAUACCAUUCCCAUCGUUCUUGCUACCUUUAUGGAUAUCAACCCCGUGCAGUUGAAUCGACACCUGGCAGCUCUUAGUCCCGAUCUUUCUGCGAGCACCGCGGCGCGAGACAAGCCGGACGAGCGAUCGUGGAAUUUACGCAGUAUUCUCCCACGAUCCAUGCCGGAGGCUUCCUUCUCAUUGCCAAACGCCUGGUCUACACCGUGGAAAGCACUGUUGGCUUUCGUCUUCCUCACCUCGAUGGUGAUCUCGUUUCUGCUUGCCCCCGCAUAUCUGCCUGGCCGUUUUCACAAUGCACCAACCGUAGAAGUUGAGUCAACGGUUCCCACUUCAAUCUCAACCUCCAGCUCGAUUUCCGCAUCGACUACCGCAGUAUCUGCACCAGUAGUCUCGUUCACUUCCUCGGCUACCAUCAGCAUCACGCCGCGGGACCUCACUGUCGUGGCAUCAUCACAACAGCCUUCGCCGCUGCGAACGGAGCGGAAGAAGGAAGAGAAACUGGGUGGCUUCCAGAUUUCGCGGACUGGCGACCACCAGUUUUUGAUCAGUCCGUCACCAGACUUUGCGAGCAGAAAGCGGAAACCUCAACUCCAGAUCCAAGUCUCCAAAGACGCCAAAGCCAUUCCCAUCCGGUACGUCCGCACUAUCGGCGGUAUGUACAUCGUGGAUCUGGAACGGGAAUACCCACUCUGUUCCUUCAACGUGAGCAUUGCCACUCACACCAAGCCGCUGAUGCAACAGUCCUUCGAAAUCACACUAGGUCACAACAAGUCCAAAUUUGGUCAACUGAUUGAUCUCGUCAAACGUGAUUUAGCUACCAUGGAGCAAGGUCUACGAGACAUUACCACGACACUUCCAAAGCUUGUACGGGCCGGUGUGACGGAUGCGGAACAAGGGGCUUGUGACUGGAAACACAAAGCCAAAAAAGAGGUGGAUCGCCAAGUGACUAUCGGCGCUUCGGUGUUGCUGGAUAUGUCAGAAGCGACGUGGAAGAACCUUCGGAGGGGAACUGCUCCGGCAAGGACUUCUCGUGCUGCUCUGCGAGCGCGCAACAAUGCUUAUCGGAUACGCUGUGGAUUUGAGCGAGCUGUGGGCUUGUCAAGCAAACGCAAGGAAGAAAAAAAGACUCGAUCUUGCAAGAAGAUCGGGUGGUAA